GCUGGCUGGGGGGCACUGAGCUGCCUGUCUAGGGCGCCAGCUGAGGUCCCUGGGAGGAAGUCCUCUGGAGAACAAGUGUGGAGGGAGCCCCCAAAGAGGGCUGAAGGGGUGAACAGAUCCACGGGCCCCUACCAAGGGGCCCUCGGUCCCUGAUGGGGGAGGAGCUGGGCCGCCCCUCUCCCCGCCCCCCAACUGCUGUCUCCCCCUGAGCUGGGGGAGGGGAUGGACCACCUGCUCUGGGGCUGGCGGCGGAAAGAAGAAACCGAGGGGUUCCUCACUGCCCCAUCCUGGAAUCCUCUUCCUCCCCGCCCCACCCCGUAAUACUCUUGGGGAAGGUGCCCAUCUGGUUCCUAGGCCGCCUCUCCCCGCUGGCAGAUGGGAACAGGCUCUUCUUGAGGAAACUGAGGCAAAGAGGAGGGCGGGUCUGAAGGACCCCGCUUGGGCUGGCCUCACCCACACACUGGGCGGGCAGUCAGGUGGAGACUCUGACCUGGGGGCUCCUGGAGGAGAGGAUGAGAUGGCUGGGCAUCCAUGGCAUGGUACUGCAGCACUGGCCAGCAGCCAGGCCUGGAGGGAUGGACGCGAGAGAGACAAGCUCUCGUGUCCUGCAGAUCACAUUUUGAAAAAGGGGUGUGAGGAUCACUUUCUGCACAAGAGGAUAUGAAUACCCCAGUGCCCAGCAUGGAACCAGGGGUGCAGUGAGGUCUGAAGACUCAGAGGCAGACGCUGCACAUGGCUUCUAAGUUGGUGUCAAUAUCACACAUGCUUAUGGUGCGCGGUGUGCUGGACCCCAGGACCCAGAGAGCAGGAUGUGCUGAUUGACUGAGUCAGCGUUCCUGCCUUCAGGAGGCUUACAGUUGGGGGCAGUGUCUGUCUCUAGGAGUUGGAGCUGGGCUCUGUACACAUACGAGGAUGGCUCGGAUGACCUCAAGCUUGCAGCAUCAGGAGGUGGGUGAAGAUGUGCCUGAUGCCCGCAAGUGCGCUUGUGCCAGCCAUGUGGCUAAGGUGGCUGAGUUCUUCCAGGGCGUCGACGUGAUCGUGAACGCCAGCAGCGUGGAAGACAUAGACGCGGGUGCCAUCGGGCAGCGGCUCUCCAACGGGCUAGCGCGGCUCUCCAGCCCCGUGCUGCACCGGCUGCGGCUGCGAGAGGAUGAGAACGCAGAGCCCGUGGGCACCACCUACCAGAAGACAGAUGCAGCUGUGGAAAUGAAGCGGAUUAACCGAGAGCAGUUCUGGGAGCAGGCCAAGAAGGAAGAAGAGCUGCGGAAGGAGGAGGAGAGGAAGAAGGCCCUGGAUGAGAGGCUCAGGUUUGAGCAGGAGCGGAUGGAGCAGGAGCGGCAGGAGCAAGAGGAGCGCGAGCGGCGCUACCGGGAGCGGGAGCAGCAGAUCGAGGAGCACAGGAGGAAACAGCAGACUUUAGAAGCGGAAGAGGCCAAGAGGCGGUUGAAGGAGCAGUCUAUCUUUGGUGACCAUCGGGAUGAGGAGGAAGAGACUCACAUGAAGAAGUCAGAGUCGGAGGUGGAGGAGGCAGCGGCCAUUAUUGCCCAGCGACCUGACAACCCACGGGAGUUCUUCAAGCAGCAGGAAAGAGUCGCAUCAGCCUCUGCAGGCAGCUGUGAUGUGCCCUCGCCCUUCAACCAUCGACCAGGUCGUCCGUACUGCCCUUUCAUAAAGGCAUCGGACAGUGGGCCUUCCUCCUCCUCCUCUUCCUCCUCCUCCCCUCCACGGACUCCCUUUCCCUAUAUCACCUGUCACCGCACCCCAAACCUCUCUUCCUCCCUCCCAUGCAGCCACCUGGACAGCCACCGGAGGAUGGCGCCCACUCCUAUCCCCACGCGGAGCCCGUCUGACUCCAGCACCGCCUCCACCCCUGUUGCUGAGCAGAUAGAGCGGGCCCUGGAUGAGGUCACAUCCUCGCAGCCUCCACCGCUGCCACCGCCACCCCCACCAGCCCAAGAGACCCAGGAGCCCAGCCCCAUUCUGGACAGUGAGGAGACCAGAGCAGCAGCCCCUCAGGCCUGGGCUGGCCCCAUGGAGGAGCCCCCUCAGGCACAGGCGCCUCCCCGGGGGCCAGGCAGCCCUGCAGAGGACUUGAUGUUCAUGGAGUCUGCAGAGCAGGCUGUCCUGGCUGCUCCUGUGGAGCCUGCCACAGCUGACGCCACCGAGGUCCACGAUGCAGCUGACGCCAUUGAAACCGACACUGCCACUGCAGACACCACUGUUGCCAACAACGUGCCCCCCGCUGCCACCAGCCUCAUUGACCUAUGGCCUGGCAAUGGGGAAGGGGCCUCCACACUCCAGGGUGAGCCCAGGGCCCCCACGCCACCCUCGGGUACUGAGGUCACCCUGGCAGAGGUGCCCCUGCUGGACGAGGUGGCUCCGGAGCCACUGCCGCCAGCAGGCGAAGGCUGUGCCACCCUUCUCAACUUUGAUGAGCUGCCUGAGCCGCCAGCCACCUUCUGUGACCCAGAGGAAGUAGAAGGGGAGCCCCUGGCUGCCCCCCAGACCCCAACUCUGCCCUCAGCCCUUGAGGAGCUGGAGCAAGAGCAGGAGCCAGAGCCCCACCUGCUAACCAAUGGCGAGACCACCCAGAAGGAGGGGACCCAGGCCAGUGAGGGGUACUUCAGUCAAUCACAGGAGGAGGAGUUUGCCCAAUCGGAAGAGCUCUGUGCCAAGGCUCCACCUCCUGUGUUCUACAACAAGCCUCCAGAAAUCGACAUCACAUGCUGGGAUGCAGACCCAGUUCCAGAAGAGGAGGAGGGCUUCGAGGGUGGUGAUUAGUGGUGGCGCCAACCCUAGGCUACCCUUGCCAAGGCCGCCCACCUGCAUCGGCCUCUGGCCAGACGGCCCGCCGUGCCUGCAUUCGCAGCAGCUCCGCCUGGCACCCACUCUGGAUUCCGGCCCUGGCUGGGGACUUGGCCGCUUCCCUACCCACAGGGCCUGACUUUUACAGCUUUUCUCUUUUUUUUAAAAGUUGAUAGGAGACUUGUACAGUUGACUGGUUUUCCUCCCGUUGGUAGUUGAGACGCUGUUGCAAAUUCCACCCCUCCUUCCCUGGUCCAGAUUGUAGCUCUUAGUCCUCCCUGCUCAGCUGGCCGGGGUGGAGGCCUCACCCUGCUUGGGGCCUGGCGUUCGGGGAGCUCUGGUGGGAAAAUGUCUCCCACCUCUUUUCCUAGUUUUAUGUUUCUUGGAAAAAUAUCACUUUGUAUUCUCUGUCCAGGGCUUCAGAUAUUUUGCACGAAUUUUAAAACAUGGCAAUAAAUGGCUCGUGGGCUCUGGCUCCCUGGGACCCCCUCCCCGCCCUUCUUUUGACCCCUUCUUGUCUGGCCCAAAGGAAGUAGCAGGCCCAGCUGGGGCCCCUCGGCUGCCCCCCCCCCUCUCCUGCCGGGCAGGUCCCAGGCUGGAGGCCCUAGGCGCGGUUCAGGUCAGGGCUAUGGAUGGGGCCCAGGGGCUUUGGUGGCCCCUCCCCAACUCCUUCCUCUUUGCUUGGGUUCCUUUUUCACGUUCAGUAACUGUUUUUUUUUGGAAAGCACAAACUUCUGUAACGGGUCGUGCUCAUGUCUGUUAAUAAAGAAAUCCAGAUCCCUU